ACCUCCAAUUCGAACCAACGAAGGAGAAAAGCCAAGGGAAACAAGACGAAGAAUCCUCCAAAUCGCGGGCGAUCCCUCCCAAGCUCCUAGCUCCCUUCGUCCUCUUCCUCCCUUGCCUAUAUACGGAGAGGACGGAUUCGUGGUGGUGCCGCGACCGAGGAGCAGAACCAGAGCAGGAGUCAGGCAGAGAAGAGGUGGUGCUGUUUCGGAAUCUGGCGAUGGAGUGGCUAGACGAGUACGAGAAGCUGGUGAUCAGAAUGGACACCCCCAAGGUGGUCAUCGACAAUGCCGUCUGCCCCACGGCCACGCUGGUCCAGGUUGAUAGCGCGAGGAAGAGGGGCGUCUUGCUCGAGGCGGUGCAGGUGCUCGCUGACCUCGACCUGUCCGUCAAGAAGGCCUAUAUCUCGUCGGACGGCAGGUGGUUCAUGGACGUUUUCCAUGUCACCGACCGCCUCGGCCGCAAACUCACCGACGACAGCGUCAUCUCCUACAUCCAGCAGUCUCUUGGGACCUGGACUGAGCCGUCGCAACCGGCGGCGCUCGAGGGCCUGACGGUGCUGGAGCUCACGGGCGCCGACCGCACGGGGCUCAUCUCGGAGGUGUUCGCCGUGCUCGCAGACAUGGGCUGCAGCGUCGUGGACGCCAGGGCCUGGUCGCACCGCGGCCGCCUGGCCUGCCUCGUGUACCUGCGCGACGAGGACGCCGACGCAGUCCGGGUGGCGGGCAUCGAGUCCCGGCUCGCGCCCCUGCUGCGCGGAGACUCCGGCGCCAGCGGCGUGGUCGCCGUUCCCGCCUGCGGCGUUGCGCACGCCGACCGGCGCCUCCACCAGCUGAUGUACGCGGCCAGAGACCAGGACCGCGCGUUCCCCACCCCGUCCGUGUCCGUCGAGAGCUGGGCGGAGCGCGGGUAUUCGGUGGUCACCGUGCAGUGCCCAGAUCGGCCCAAGCUGCUCUACGACGUCGUCUGCACGCUCACCGACAUGGACUACCUCGUCUUCCAUGGCACCAUCGACACAAACUUUGGCGAGGCGCGCCAGGAGUUCUACAUUCGCCAUGCCGACGGGAGCCCCAUCUGCUCCGAGGCCGAGAUGCAGAGAGUGAGCCAAUGCCUACAAGUCGCCAUAGAACGGAGAUCGUUCGAGGGAGUGAGGAUGGAGCUGCGCACGCCAGACCGGCCGGGCUUGCUCUCAGACGUCACAAGGACAUUCCGGGAGAAUGGAUUGCUCGUCGCGCAGGCCGAGGUGUCGACCAAGGGCGACAUGGCCAGCAAUGUGUUCUACUUGACCGGCAGUGCCGGCCAGGCAGUCCACCAAAGCGCCAUUGAAGCUGUGAAGGAGAGGGUUGGCGUUGACUCCCUUGUCGUCGAGGAGCACCGGCCUCAGCUCUACCACAAGACCCAGCCAGACGACCAGGAUGGCGGCGGCAUUGGUCUGGUCCACCUUGGCAACUUCGUGAAGAGGAAUCUGUACCACCUGGGGCUAAUCAAAUCUUGGUGAUGUCCUCAUAAAGCAGAAACCGAACAUCACUCCACACUACUUGCUGCUCCUUCCUUUGUACAUUGAAGACUCUGGGGGAGAGGGACAAGAAGUUGCGACACAGAUUCAGCUCAUCCAGAUCAAGAAAAGGAGUUGCCAGCAUCACGAUAAAGUAGAAGAUCAAGGAAAGCCUGGGCAGGAUCACGAUCUGAAAGGAACAAGAUGAUGGAAUCUAGCAGUAGAUAACUGAAGCCAUGUACAUAGGCCAUUCCGUUAGAUGAUACUAUUACUUAGUAGUUAUUAAUACUAGUGUUAGUGUGUAGUGAGUGUACUAACGACUGAUUUAUUCUCUGUACCUUCCUGUUGUUGCCUCCAUCUUUGGCUAAAAAUUAAUUA